GUCAUGUGAUCAGCUGAGUCCAAUCACCGCUGAUCACAUAGGAGAGCCGGUAAUCUGCAUCCCUCAGAGGGGACAUCUACACUGAUCAUCAGGGUACUGAUGAUCAGUGUGGCCCCAGAGGUGCCAUCUGCCAGUGCCCAUCAGUGCCACAUAUCAAUACCUACCAGUACACAUCAAUGCUACAUAUCAGUGCCCAUCUCAGCUGCCUUUCAGUGCCACCUAUCAUUGCCAGUCAGUGCUGCCUAUCAGUGGUGCAAAUCAGUGCCGCCUAUCAGUGCCAGUCAGUGCUGCCUAUCAGUGUCGCCUAACAGAGCCAAUCAGUGCCGCCUAUCAGUGCCAUAUAUGAGUGCU